GCCUUGCCUUUUCUACGAUUGUCAGGUCCCUCAUCGGCGCCUACACUAACAGCAUAACCUUCAGCAGUCAUGACAGAUGAAGAGGAGCUCGGUUCUAUUGAAAUCACCGAUUCCGAAAAUGAAAGCGAAAACAACGCGCCCUCGGACGUAGAGCCCCAAAGUUCACCCUUGUUAGAAUCGAUAUUUGCACCGGAGCUUGCCGUAUGCGAAGUGACCAUUCAGGACAGAGCAUCAACAACUGGAAACGAGGUGGGGUGCAAAGACGUCGGGGAUAACAAAAACUGCAUGCCGAAGCAAAGCGCUAUAAUCCAUGAAACAGCAAAAGCAUCGCAAACCACCGCACUCGAAGGCGAAAUGCGCAACUCUUUGGAUACAGACGCAACUGAUGACUUACUCGUUGCCGAUUUUAAGGCUGAUGCUCAGCCAAGCACCCCGAAAGGACAGCAGCAGUCCAAAGAAGAGCAGGACUUCGCGAGCCCGCGCACCCUUAAAUUUUCCACGAAACUGGAGGAGGAUGGUGUUGAAGGAUGUCUUUGGCGAUACUCGUUUGGAAGGCCUGUCAUUCUCGGUGACCUUUACGAUAUUCGUACUGAUGCCAUCAUUCCCGGAACAUCCCAAAUGCGCCAAUUAUUUGCUCAGUCGACAAAUCGACAACGCCACAAGCACAGUUUCUGUCGAGUAUUUAAGAACAUGACCUUACAUGAAAAGCUGUUAAAAAUGGGAAGCGAGCUUGUUACACCAUGCUCUGCUGAACAACAAAUCAACAUCCUUGUUGGCUUGCAACAGCUCAAUCAUCCUUGGAAGCUGUCACUGUCGGAUCGCAGAAGCACCGCUACAGAAACGCGAGACGCUAUCAGCGUUACUUUAGCGGAAAUCGAAGCCGCGGAAGUACCGGUUGGGAUAACCAUAGACACACAUCGCGGAAACCCGAAUUUUUCCCCGUCUCAUGUGGUUGUGGGAAUUUUACGGGCAAAAACAGUUGCGUGUACUUUUGAUUCAUUACCGGAGGACAGCUCACAAGCGGAAACCGACAUGAGCUCUCUUGUUGACAUGCUGCUUACCAUGCCGGAUAAGGCUCUAAGGAAGUCCUUGCUGUGUAACGGAAGUACCCAGAUAUCAACGGAUGCCAUUGCAAAUAAAAGCUAAAAGACCUGAAAUCUUGUGCUGAUAUCUUGAUACGAGAGAAACAAGAAUCCAGUGACGUGGCUUUCAAGAUUCUUUUAGCUCCCUGCCAUCUGUUUAGGCAAUCAGUCCCGACAGUGCUCCCUGCCAAGAUAGAUGCAGCUGAAAUUUUGGACAUAAUAACUCCUGUGCUGCGCCAGUUUGCCUCUCUGCGGUUGUUCUUUAGCGAUGCUUUGCGCACCGCCGAGGAAAACAAAAAGUUUGUCCCCUACACCACAUACAACGACGUCUUGAAACGAAGAGAUCGGUUAGGAUAUGCCGAAACCGUCUGCAAGAAAGCCUUUCAAGAACGGUUAACGUUGCUGUAUAAAAAUGAGGCUGAUUUAGAUUAUCUGGAUUCUUGCCGCCAAUUAUGGGAAUACGGCGCAGUUGAGGUUAACGGAGCUCCAUUCUGUUUAAGUGAUUUUCAAAAAUUCAAGAACACCUUCCACAAGCUUGCCCAUACAGCCACCAUACUGGUCAAACUACGCGAUCUCAACAUUCCAUUUCUAGAUGAACAAAGUGAUGUGAGCAAUUUUGUUAAAAUCAGCGAUGCCGACGGAAUUUACAUUUUAUUCUUAAAUUCCGAAGAAGCCACAGCAAAACCAGAAACUUGGAAAAAUAACUGGGAAAAGUUCCUGGCGAUUGCUGCCCUUCCCAAAGAAAAUGAAAUGAAAUACGCUUAUGCGGUGGCCGAUUGCCACCGAGCGAAAAACCCCGGAUUCGAUAACAUUACCAUAGCGUACUAUUCACACGGCAAAUGCACCUCUAGCGAUGUUCUGAAACAAGGAAAUGUCACAAUGGCAGCACCUGUUGCGAAAUCGACUGCGUACCAUGCCUCAUCCCGGCCUAGCGAACGGUGCAUUGUGGAACUGCCCUGUCCGGCAUCGUUCACCGAAGCUUCGUUUAGGUGCAAUCGUGGCCACUGCUCUUGGCACUGCCCACAAUGUAAGGAAGCUCUUGAGUAUGGCUUUGACAACUUCUUCUAUUGCUCCUGUGGAAAAGCGCCCGCAAACUCCUUUGAGUAUCUGUGCAGCGACCCACUUCAUGGACCAAAAUACCAGGCGUAUUCGGCAAAAGAUCUGAGCGCUCAACUCAGCCAACUUUCUCCUGUCAAGCAACUAAAUAUUUUGAUACUGGGCGAAACUGGAGUGGGGAAGUCUACAUGGAUAAACGGUUUUGCCAACUAUGUGCAGUUCUCCACUCUCGCUGAAGCGCGCGAAGGAAUACCUGUUAAUUUAAUUCCGUCGCAGUUCACGAUGCUUGAUGAGAACUGUCAAGAAGUUGUAGUCAGUCUGGGUGAGCCAAAACAAUCAGCACGUCAGGGCGAGGUCUUGAAAGCCGGUGAAUCGGCUACACAAGAACCACGCUCUUACACGUUCCCCGGAAAGAAAUUGUUGAUCCGGUUGAUUGAUACUCCUGGAGUCGGCGAUACCAGAGGGGUUGACGUGGACAAAGCUAAUUUCCAAGCCGUUUUGAAGCACAUCUCGCGUUUCAAAGAAAUUCAUGGCAUCUGCAUCCUCUUGAAGCCCAAUAGCGCCCGCUUAACGAUCUUAUUCAGGUUUUGCAUCAGCGAACUGCUAACACAUCUGCAUAAAGACGCAUGCCGUAACAUAAUCUUCGUGUUCACGAACUGCCGGAGCACUUUCUACAGGCCUGGAGACACCUAUCCUGCCUUGAAGGAGAGACUGCUAGAACUUAAAAAGAGCAAUGAUGUCACCAUAACUUUGGAUAACAGCACGAUGUAUUGCAUGGACAAUGAGCCGAUCCGAUUUCUAGCGGCGGUGCGCUGCGGUAUUCACUUUUCACCGGUGGAGUUUGACAACUUUUUACUUAGUUGGCAGAAAUCGGUGGAUGAAACAAACAGAUUGAUAGCAUACAUUGCCGGCUUGGAACCGCAUAGCACACAAACCACUAUCUCCCUAAAUGAAGCUAGGCGACUGAUACUGCUGCUGGUUGAACCUAUGGCCGAAAUAGCACGCAAUAUCCAGAGCAACAUGAGGGCUGUAAAAUCCCAUAUGGAAGAGCUUGAGGUAUUAGAACAAUCGAGUGGCGAAUGGAAAAAAAAACUGUAUGUUCCUACUAUUAUUUUGGUACCUGAAGAAAUUCCUUAUCCAAUGACCGUAUGCAGAAGUGAGAAAUGUUGCAAGGUUAAGGGUUCAGUUGUACACUACACUAGCAUCUGCCACGAAGUAUGCCGUCUAAAUGACAUUGUCCCUGAAAGAUACCCGAACCCAGAGCUGCAGAAAUGUUAUGCAAUGCAGCUGGAUAACGGGAUGUCAUGUCGCGUCUGUGGCUGCAGGUGGGAUGAUCAUCUGCAUAUCACCUACAAACAGAUCGAGAAGACGAAAAAAAUCAAAGAUACUAAUGUCGAGAAGGAGCUUAAAACCAAAGGCGGUGAGGUAGGCGCAAAACGGAAAAUAAUUGCAAUUUCACAAAAAAGGUUAACGGAGCUGGAGAACGAAAGGCUUACUAUUACCAAUGUGUGUUCGAAAUUCGCAAUUUUCUUGAAAAAGAAUGCCAUUACACCUUAUAACGACAGCAUGGAGCAGUAUCUCGAUCACCAUAUUAGGUUGGAAGAAGACAGCGUAGCUGUCGGUGGCUCUCGGACACGGUUGGACGGUUACAAAGCUAUGCGAGAGGCAUAUGUACAAGAACGAAAGGUUCUGGAAGAGAAUUUGAAUGCCAACAAGGACGCAGAAGAUAGCAAUUUAACCCCGGAAAAAAUUUGUGAACUCGUGCAGAGUUUGUAUCACCUUAACAUUAAUGGGGAAGCAUUUCGCGCUUUCAUGGAGCAGAAAGAAAAAGGUACCAACCAUGCUGCACUGCACCUCGAGCGAAAUUAUAUGCCGACAAUGAAGAGUCGUGUUCAAACACAGAGUUUGCCGAAAAACAACUCUCCGGCAGCCGGUUUUGAAGAAAACAGCACUGAGCAAAAUUGCCCUGGACUUCAUGGUCUUCCUGCGCCUCCUCCAAGAGAACAAUCAUUAGUAGAAAAAACUGUCGGCUUCUUCAAACGGUUUAAGCCCUGGUAGGAUGCCAGCCAAAGUUUGUCAGAAGAACCAGGAAAGUGAAUGAAUGCAUUGACCCCGCUUGUUUAAAAGGAUGGAUGGAUCACAAGAUCCUUUUUAGUCUUGUACGAAAGCGGCAAUUUUUGAAGAUAUGCAACAAAGUUUACGAAGGUACUUUUAUUAUCUGCAACCGCUAAUUUUUAUUUGUUACCGUGAUUGCAAAAAUUUUUACUGUCAGUCUAAUUAGUAACAAACCCUCAACAAAUGAUUUUACCCGCAUGAUUUUACCCGCAAGCAAAUGAAUGGAUGCUCCGUUCA